AUGACUAUGACAUACAUAUGUGCGGCAACACUAGCUCUCUCUAUUGAUUUUCAACGUUUUCUCCUACUUAAAUUCAUGGGCUUUCCUUUCUACAGUCCGAAUGCGAUCGUGUGCCAAUGGCCAUACUGCACGGAUGCGAGGGCAGAAACAUGGCUCACUAGGCAGAAAAGUUUCAAUGCCUGCCAUGCAAUGUUGUGGGCAGAAGUCCGCCAAACCGGUUCUGCCUGGCAGAUGGCAGAAUUCUGCGGGCAGAAUCCGGCAGAAUAUCAAACUACAGGGGGGAAUUGCAAAGAGUGGAGUGCUGCCAGAGACGGUUCAAGAUAUGAAAGCUGGCCGUCGUCCUACAGUGUCCUCCAUCCUCAGAGAUACCAUUCAAGAUCCCCUCAGAAGAUUCCAUAUCAUCUCGCACAGAAAAUGUGUUUCUCCUUCAUCGCCAUUGUUGCUGCUUUGACAGCAUCUAUGCAUGCACGGUUUGUGAACCUAGCGAUCAACCGCAUGACUCACCUGCGCGCCUUAGGAUGGAGCUUGAUUUACGAAGGGCACGUGCGGACAUCUUACUCGUGGUUCACUGAGCUUCAAGUCGAGUUCGAGGGGCUGUCGAAGGUUCAACAGAGCUCCAGCUAA